AUGCACAAACUCUCCACCUUCAUUCUCAUCAUCCUCACUAUCACCAUCCUCAUCCUCACAACCACCACAACAGCCUACCCUAUCCCCAAUCCCCCUACAUCUCACCCCAACCCUCAAACCUUCAACCCUCACCCUCAUCCCCUCCCCAAUUCCCCCCUCCCCCUCAUCCUCACAAGAGCCAAACCCCUCCCACCACCAAACACCCCCCUCAAAACGCCCCCAACAGAAACAGCAGAGGGUAUAGCGAAUGCGGUCACGUAUGUGGAUUGGACUGGUGUGAUUAUCGCGGCUGCGAAGACGGUUUGGGGGGGUUGA